AUGCCAUCAACUAAUGGCGUCCUCUCCCCGGCCGCUCAACGCCGCAUCGAGCACCACGAGGCCGACGUCGUGAUUGUCGGCGCCGGAAUUCUGGGCUGCGCACUUGCGGUCACACUGGGAAAGCAAGGCCGCAGCGUCAUUUUACUGGAAAAGUCACUGGAGGAACCCAAUCGCAUCGUGGGCGAACUUCUCCAACCGGGAGGCGUACAGGCCCUCGACAAUCUAGGCCUGUCCGAUUGUCUGGAGGACAUUGACGCAAUCAACGUGAAGGGAUAUUGGGUUUCAUACUUCGGUCAACCAGUCCUCCUCGAAUACCCCAAGUCAACCCCCUCGUCACCAGCCCCCUUGGGUCGCAGUUUCCACCAUGGCCGAUUCGUGAACAAACUUCGACAGGCGGCCCUCUCCUGUCCCAAUGUUACCGUCGUCGAGACAAAGGUGACUGGGCUGGUCACUUCAUCACACACAAAAGAGGUUCUCGGUGUCGAGUCUGUCACCAAAGAUCUGAAGGAUUGCUACUUCGCCCAACUCACCGUUGCCGCCGACGGCUAUGCCUCCGAUUUCCGCAAACAACACCACCAAUACACACCCAAGCGUCGCUCAAAGUUCUACGGGUUGGAGCUUAUCGAUGCUGAUCUCCCCUGUCCGAACACUGGUCAUCGAAGACCCCCGGUCCUCAUGUACCAGAUCGGCACUCACGAGACCCGAAUCCUGGUAGAUGUUCCAGACAAUCUGCCCGCGGCGUCUGUGAAGAACGGUGGUGUCAAGGGCUAUUUCCGCAACUGCAUUUUACCUAAGCUGCCUGAGGGAUGCCAGGCGUCUUUCACAGAUGCGUUGGAGAAUGGUCAGCUGCGCUCAAUGCCAAACUCAUUCCUGCCUGCCGCAACUAAUAAAACCCCGGGCUUGAUGAUUCUCGGUGAUGCGUUGAAUAUGCGCCACCCCCUGACUGGAGGUGGCAUGACAGUCGCAUUGAAUGAUGUAUGUGUCAUUCGCGAGCUGCUUAGCCCAGAGUGCGUGCCUAGCUUCGCCGACACGGAGCUCGUUCUAAAGCAGCUUUCAAUCUUCCACUGGAAGCGAAAGAACUCGUCUUCUGUCAUCAAUAUUCUUGCACAGGCUUUGUAUUCACUCUUUGCUGCAGAUGACCAAAGCCUACGAGCCCUGCAGCGUGGCUGUUUCCGCUACUUCCAGAUCGGUCCUGUCGGUGGUCCUGUUGGACUUCUCGCCGGACUGAUCAAGCAGCCCCUUGUACUUGUCAGCCACUUCUUCUCCGUCGCCUUCCUCUCUAUCUGGGUCCUUUUCCGCGAGACUCCCCUGCUGGAGCAGAUCAUGUUCCCAUACCACGCCUACAUGAUUCUCUACACAGCAUGCAUCGUCAUCAUGCCCUACAUCUGGACCGAAAUCUGGUACUAA